UUAUUUGUCAAUCUACCUGCAUUGUCUUAGCAAUUUUGGGGAUGGAGACAAGACCAGCCCAGCUUGGCUAAACCAUAACUUUCACUCUUGAUGGAGAAACAACAAUCCAACAAGGUUGUGCAAGAAGGACCAAUGAGAGGCCUGAAAUAGCAUCUAUGGUGUAAUGAAUAACAAGACAGGGGGGUGUGUGGAUAGGAAAAACCAGAACUUGGAGGUUUCGGAGACCCAUAACCAAGGCAAUUUUAGUUUCACAGGGGAAAAAGAAACCCUGCCCAGCUUCUUAAUCAGCAAGCAGAGACAGGGACAGGAAGUGGUCAAAUUAGUUUCCCAUCCAUUCAGAGGAAGAGGGUAUAAAAUAGCUACUACAGUCUGUAAAAACACUCUGGUACUACACUCCGUGCAAACUAUACACGGGUUGUCUUCUCCUCGGCUUGUCUGUGUGAAUAAACUGCUGCUGUGCUGGACCAGGAAGUAGCCGUGAUGUUCCAGAGAAAACGAAGUGUCUCCUUUGGAGGUUAUGGAUGGAUUGACAAAGCCAUGCUUGCUGGUCUGAAGAUAAAGAAACAGGAGGCACUGAACAGCACAGAUGCAACGACUCCAGAGAGACCUUUAUCUCCACCCUUUACAGCCCCACCAAGCAUGAAGUCUGCAGAAUUCUUUGAAAUGCUCGAGAAAAUGCAGGGUCCAAAAUCAGAAGAACAGAAGGGUGGAGGCCAGAAAAACAAGGAGGACUAUAUCCCCUAUCCCAGCAUUGAUGAGAUUUUAGAAAAAGGGAGUCCCUACCCCUUAAUUAUCUUGCCUCAAUUUGGGGGCUACUGGAUCGAAGACCCCGAGAACCUCAGCACCCCCACUUCAUCUGAAAGCAGCAUCUGUGAUGAAGAGGAGGAACCGCUCAGCCCCAGCACUUACGGCUACAAACUGGAGUGCAAAGGUGAAGCCAAGGCAUAUCGGAAACAUUUCUUAGGAAAGGAUCAUUUAAAUUUUUACUGCACGGCCAGCAGCCUGGGAAAUUUGAUCCUUUCCAUUAAGUGUGAAGAGGCAGAUGGAAUUGAAUAUCUACGGAUUAUUCUCAGGUCCAAAGCAAAAACUUUACACGAAAGAAUCCCUUUAGCUGGACUCAGCAAGCUGCCAAACAUCCCACAGAUUGCAAAGGCCUUUUGCGAUGACGCCACAGGAUUAAAGUUUUACCCUGUGCUCUAUCCCAAGGCAUCACAGCUGAUCGUAUCCUAUGAUGAACAUGAACUUAACAACACGUUCAAGUUUGGGGUGAUUUACCAGAAGUUUAAGCAAACACAGGAAGAAGAAUUGUUUGGGAACAAUGAAGAAAGUCCUGCCUUCAAAAACUUCUUGAACUUGUUGGGAGAAACCAUUACACUACAGGAUUUCAAGGGCUUUCGAGGCGGCCUCGAUGUGACUCAUGCUCAGACAGGCACAGAAUCUGUCUACACAGUGUUCAGGGACAGAGAGAUUAUGUUCCAUGUUUCCACCAAGCUUCCCUUCACAGAAGGUGAUACCCAGCAGCUUCAACGGAAAAGACACAUUGGCAACGACAUUGUGGCUAUUAUAUUCCAAGAAGAAAACACUCCCUUUGUUCCGGAUAUGAUUGCUUCAAAUUUUCUGCACGCCUAUAUUGUCGUCCAGGCAGAAAAUCCAGAAACGGAUAAUACAUCCUAUAAAGUAGCUGUCACAGCACGAGAAGAUGUUCCGUCUUUUGGUCCUUCACUGCCAAGCCCACCUGUAUUUCAAAAAAAUGCAGAAUUCCGAGAGUUUCUUCUCACCAAGCUGAUCAACGCAGAAAAUGCCUGCUGCAAAUCAGACAAGUUUGCCAAGCUUGAGGAUCGAACGCGGGCUGCCUUGUUGGACAACUUGCAUGAUGAACUCCACAUCCACACACAGCUGAUGUUGGGCCUAGGAUCCGAGGAAGACAAGCUGGAGAAUGGUGGACAUGGUGGAUUCUUGGAAUCGUUUAAGAGAGCGAUCCGCGUCCGCAGCCACUCCAUGGAAACCAUGGUAGGAAGCCAGAAGAAGCACCAGCCUGGAGGAAUCCCUGGGAGCUUGAGUGGCGGGAUUGUGCACAACAGUGUUGAAAUAACCAAGACCACCUUCUCUCCUCCGUUAGCAGCAGCAACAGCCAAGAAUCAAUCAAGGAGUCCUAUAAAGAGGCGAUCGGGCUUAUUUCCCCGUUUGCACACUGGAUCCGAAAGCCAAGCAGAACCCCGGAGCCGAUGUGACAGUGGCUCAGGAACACCCAAAACCCCCGAUGGAGGGCAUUCCUCCCUUGAUAUGAAAUCAGAGGCUUCCUCCAACCCAAGCUCUCCGGAAAUCUGUCCCAACAAAGAGAGGCCUUUCAUUAAGCUCAAAGAGAAUGGAAAGUCAAAUAUUUCCCGUUCAUCCUCAAGUACCAGCAGUUUCAGCAGCACUGCAGGAGAGAGUGAAAAUAUGGAAGAAUACGAAAGCCUGGGCAGCCAGUCCUCAACUGCAUCACCAUAUAAGCAAGACGUAUUUGUUUACAGUCCUUCCCAAAGCAUCGAGAAUCCAAAUUUAGCAUCGGCCUCAACCCCUGUUAUUAUGAGCAGGAGCCCCACUGAUAUAAAAAGCAGAAAUUCUCCGAGAUCAAAUCUAAAAUUUCGCUUUGAUAAACUUAGCCAUUCAAGCUCUGGCCCGACACAUUAGUUGAAGAAUGACCCCUAAGGACCUGUAAAAGGACAUUUUUUUUGUUGUGUUUGUCUCAUUUUAAAGAGGGUGGGAGGGAGGACGUUUGUUUCAAAUGAGAGCACCCUCCGCCACACCAAGCUCCACAGCCACUUAUGGAUUGCCCUUCAUCCGAGCAGAUCAUUCCAUAAAACCAGGGAAGAAGAGAUCUCGUCCAUGGCCCUCAUCCAUGCUUUAUCCCUCUGGAAUGGAAGGAUGUCCCACGGAGGACCCAAAUCGUGUACCACAUACUGUAGACCUGAAUUGUCUUUUUUCAUUUGGUCUAUCAACGGAUUGGUAACAUUAUGCGUAGCUGUUGAGCUUGAGAUCCUGUUUUUAGGGUAAAUCUU